AUGAAUAGUCCAGAUGUCAUCGUUGUCGGUGCUGGGCCAUCGGGAAUUGCGCUGGCACACACCCUCAAACACAGAUUAGGGUUCAACGACUUUACCUUUUACGACAAAUUGGGUGGCCCGGGAGGAACAUGGAGACAAAACACAUACCCAGGAGUGGGCUGUGAUGUACCUACGCUACUUUACUCUUUUUCGUUCAACCAAAAUCCUCACUGGUCAAAGGAACUAUGUGAAGGGCCCGAAAUCCUGGAUUAUAUGGAAGCAACUGUAGACAAGUUUGAUCUCCGGAAGCACAUGCAGUUUGGGGUUGAAUGUAUUUCCGCGUCCUGGAACAGUCAAGGGUUUUGGGAAGUCCAACUUUUUGAUAUCGAGACCCAGGUCAAAUAUACCCGAACUGCAACCGUGUUCAUAUCUGCAGUCGGUGGCAUCUCCAAACCAAGAGACAUUAAGUUUCCUGGGAUGGAGAAAUUCAAUGGUGAGGUUUUUCACACUGCACGAUGGAAUCACGAGUUCGAUUACCAAGGAAAGCGACUCGCGGUGAUCGGCAACGGAUGCAGUGCAGCCCAAGUGGUUCCUGCCAUCGCAAAAGAUGCCGCAUCUGUGAAACAAUACGCUCGGAGUGCACAGUGGUAUCACGAACGGCCAAAUCGGAAUUUCACUUCUUUCGAGAAGUGGUGCCUGCGCAACAUUCCACUGUGGGAGCGCUACCUCCGCUUGCGCCUGUUUCUUAGCAGUGACAGUCUCGUGGCUACCUAUCUACCUGGGCCGACCGCCGAAAGGAUGCGUGCAAAGGCCGAGAGCGGCGCACGCCAAUACAUUUAUGAGACUGCGCCUAAGAAGUACCACAAGUUCCUUGUGCCCGACUUUCCUCUAGGCUGCAAGAGACGUAUCUUUGAUCCCAACUACUUGGAAAGCCUGCAUCGCAGCAAUGUCGAGUUGGUCCCUGUGGGGAUUGACCACAUUGACGAGACUGGUAUCACCGGCACCGAUGGUGUGCGGACCGAAUUCGAUGCGAUUGUGCUUGCGACAGGCUUUGAUGUCCAACAAUUUGUUGUGCCUAUGGAAGUGUACGGCAAGGAUGGCAAAAGCCUCUCGCAGCAAUGGUUAGAGUCCCGUGGUGCACAGGCAUAUAUGGGAGUCUAUGUGCACAACUUCCCAAACUUUGGGCUGCUCUUUGGUCCCAAUACCUUUCCGGCGCAUAACUCUGUACUCUUCGCUUCCGAGGUACAGGUAGACUAUCUUGCUCGGACAUUGCUUGCUCCUAUCAUUGACCACCGGAUUUAUUCCUUGGAAGUCAAGCCCACUGCAGAAUACCAAUGGGUGAACGCAUUGCAGACUGAGCUCAAAGGAAGUGUUUUCGAAGCUGGAUGUUCCAACUGGUAUAUCAACACGCAUGGACGUAACUCUGCAUCAUGGCCGGGCUAUGCAUCAACAUACUGGAAGGAAACACUGAAGUCCCAGGUUGGUGUUUUCAAGAUGGUGCCUCGGUCCAAGCUCUGGAUGCUCAACACCAUGUGGCGAUGGAUCCGAAGCACAAAGAAGGAGACGUAUGGCAUGCUUCUUGUCUCUAUUGCUGGAUUGUUGUGGCAUCAGAAG